AGCAUAUGCUUAAAAUCUGAGCGUCAGAAAAAAGAGGAUAUACCAUUUGUUUAACAUUUUCGUCUUCUUCAGAUUCUUUCUUCGAUCCCUCUCCUCACACACAAAAAAAAAAAAAUUCGAUUAAUAACAGAGACACAUCCCAAAUCCUCAGCAAAACUAAUAAUUUAUAAAGAAGAAGAAAAAAAGAGCAAUGACCUGUUCUUCUCUCUUUAUAAAUCUUUCUCUAUCUCCUCCUCCUUCUUUGCUUCCUAGCACGACCAUCAUCAACACCAACAACAACACUUGUUCUUCUUCCUUUGCAACCACUUGUUCUUCUCCCAGGUGUUCUUUUGUUCUCCAUUCCCCUGUCUCCUUUCGUGCCUCGUGUCACCACCAGAGAGUACCACCACCCACUACCUUCCUUCGCAAACAAACUAAGCUGAUCAGAAGGGACGACGCUGCUGUUUCGGCUUCUGGGUCGGACGAUAUGACUAUUACUGAAGUCAGGGAUGAUGACGAAUCGGAGAUUGAAGCUCCGCUUCUUGAUCCUGAGUCUCUCUCCAAGCCGAGGAGAAUUGCUCUCUUUGUCGAGCCUUCCCCGUUUGCCUAUGUCUCCGGUUACAAAAACAGAUUCCAGAAUUUCAUUAGGUAUCUGCGUGAAAUGGGAGACGAGGUUAUAGUUGUGACCACACAUGAAGGUGUUCCAGAUGAGUUUUACGGAGCCAAAGUCAUUGGAUCAAGAAGCUUUCCUUGCCCUUAUUACCAAAAGGUUCCCCUUUCUCUUGCGCUUAGUCCAAGAAUCAUCUCUGAAAUUGCACGUUUUAAGCCUGACAUAAUACACGCUUCAUCUCCCGGGAUAAUGGUUUUUGGGGCUCUGGCAAUUGCAAAAAUGCUAUCUGUACCUAUAGUAAUGUCUUACCACACACACGUCCCUGUAUACAUCCCAAGAUACACUUUUAGUUGGUUGGUAAAACCAAUGUGGUCUAUAAUAAGAUUCCUUCACAGAGCGGCUGAUCUUACAUUAGUUCCUUCUGCUGCCAUUGGGAAAGAUCUUAUAGCAGCUGGUGCAACUGCAGCUAAUCAACUUCGACUUUGGAAUAAGGGUGUUGAUUCAGAAAGCUUCAAUCCCCGUUUCCGUUCUCAAGAAAUGCGUAUAAGACUGAGGUAAAAAUAGAAUAA